GGGAGGAGGCACCCUCUCCGUGAUGGAGCUCUGAUGGGGAUUUGAAGCUCAGCCCGGCUCAGAGCCCCGGGUUUGGAUGGAAGCUGCACGGAUCGGGCCCUCGGACUGACGGCUGCUUCUCUGCCCGCUGUCGGAGCUCGGAGGCCGGGAGCAGGUCACUGUGUGCCCCGGGCUGCUGCCGCUGGAGGCGGAUCGUAGCGGAGUGGAGCCUUCGGGGGAACCUGCUGCGUAUGUGCGCCUGGUUUUCUUUUCCGUUCCUCCCCACGGCUGGACUCGGAUUCACGCUGGACACGGGAUUAAGUGAUUAACGCGUCUGCACCGGGAGUUGGAUGUGUGUUUUUCCCCGAAGGAGUCAGCUGGAGUCCGGGCGGAGAGACGGGGCCGAUGGCGCAAAGGUAUGAAGACCUGGCCCACUACGGGCUGGACGGGGUGGGUGGGGGUGUGUACGGAGAGCCGCACCAUCACCACCACGCCGCCGCUGCCCGCUCUCUCCAGGCUGUGCACCUGGCCGCCGCCGCUGCCGCCGCCGGAGGCAGUCCGUACCCCCCGCACCAGUACCCCCAGUCCACCCACACCGGCAGCAGCAGCAUGGGCGCCGCAGCCGGGGACGCCAUCAAGAGGGACAAAGACGACAUUUAUGGGCAUCCUUUAUUCCCUCUGCUUGCUCUGAUUUUUGAAAAAUGUGAACUGGCGACCUGUACGCCGAGAGAGAGCGGCGUGGCGGGAGGAGACGUCUGCUCCUCGGACUCCUUCAAUGAGGACAUCGCCGUCUUCUCCAAACAGAUCCGAUCAGAGAGGCCUUUAUUCUCAUCAAAUCCUGAGCUGGAUAACUUGAUGAUUCAGUCGAUACAAGUGCUGCGUUUUCACCUCCUGGAGCUCGAGAAGGUUCACGAGCUCUGCGAUAACUUCUGUCAUCGAUACAUCAGCUGUCUGAAGGGGAAAAUGCCUAUUGAUCUGGUUAUCGACGACAGAGAUGGAAAUAAAUCCGACAGCGAGGAUUUCAUCAGGUCGUCUGGGAACAACAUGGAUCAGAUUUCAUGGAGCAGAGAUCAUGACGACUCAGCAUCGAUACGAUCGGCAGGGACACCGGGACCCUCGAGUGGGGGACACACGUCUCACAGUGGAGACAACAGCAGCGAACAAGGUGACUGCCUGGAUAACGGCAUGGCCUCUCCCAGCACAGGAGACGACGACGACCCCGACAAAGACAGACUACACAACAAGAAAAGAGGAAUCUUCCCUAAAGUGGCCACAAACAUCCUGAGAGCCUGGCUGUUCCAGCACCUCACGCACCCGUACCCGUCGGAGGAGCAGAAGAAGCAGCUGGCUCAGGACACGGGCCUCACCAUCCUGCAGGUCAACAACUGGUUCAUCAAUGCGAGACGGCGGAUCGUUCAGCCCAUGAUCGACCAGUCCAACAGAGCAGUGAGCCAGGCAGGACCUUACGGCCCAGAUGGUCAGCCAAUGGGAGGCUUCGCCAUGGACGGACAGACACACAUGGGAAUCAGACCACCUGGUCCAUUAGGUGGCAUGGGGAUGGGGAUGGGUGUGGAGGGACAGUGGCACUACAUGUAAACCACCAACAUCACCUUCUGCAGGCAGAGGAAACGCCCAACGUCCCAGAACACUAUAGACUGCAGACGUCCUCUUCAGGUGUGGAGCUGGACCCUCCUCCACCUCUCUGGACUUUACCUGGCCUGAUCCGGACACACCUGACCACCUUGGUCUCAGCUCUGUGACUAAAAACAGACCCGCUGAAGCACAAAAACCAAACAAAGGAUUAAUACGUGACGAGGCUCAGGGAGGACGUUUCUGAUUUUUAAAAGCAGAGCUCAUCUAUGGACAUUUUUCACAAUACAGACGCUCUGAAAUCAGACCAGCAGUGGUGGCAGAGCUCUGAGGACUCUGAAGAUUCUCUGAGGACUCUGUGGACUCUCUGUGUACUCUGAGGACUUUCUGUGGACUCUGAAGAUUCUCUGAGGACUCUGUGGACUCUCUGUGGGUUCAGAGGACUCUCUGAGGACUCUGGACUCUCUGAGGACUCUCUGAGGACUCUGAGGACUCUCUAGGGACUCUGAGGACUCUGAGGACUCUGGACUCUCUGAGGAGAGAGACAAGACAAUGAAAGCUCUCUCCUGCCUUUUGGAAAAUAAACGGUUUUUAAGGAAAAGACUUUCACUUUUCACACUGUGUGUGUUUGUCUUUUUCAUAGACUUUUAUUGUCCUCCAGCCUAAAAACCUUUGAGUUAUAAAUAAAAAGAAAAUCUGA